AUGUCAGGCCUAAAGCUUUCAAUCGGCCGCGGCGGCCGUCAGUCUACGCCCGAACCCAGUUACCUAUUGUUAAUUUGUGGGAAGGCCUUUAAUGUGAUAACUCGCUUGUUUGAAUUUCUAGCCUUUUACGUUGAUAAUUGGUGGGGGAGAACUGCUACAACAGGUAUUUUUAUUGCUGCGGCAGUUACAGACUGGCUUGAUGGGUAUAUUGCCAGAAAAAUGAGAUUAAGCUCUGCCUUUGGUGCAUUUUUGGAUCCUGUAGCAGAUAAGCUUAUGGUGGCCACAACAUUGGUUUUAUUGUGCACUAGACCUCUGGAGGUUGCUAUGUUUGGACAAGUGCCAUGGCUACUGACUGUGCCUGCAGUUGCCAUAAUUGGCAGGGAGAUAACCAUGUCUGCUGUUAGAGAAUGGGCUGCUUCUCAGAAUGCUAAGCUUUUAGAGGCUGUUGCAGUGAAUAACUUGGGGAAAUGGAAAACUGCUACACAGAUGAUGGCACUAACCAUCCUUCUUGCCACCCGAGACAGCAGUCUUGGAGCGCCAGGAAUUGUUGUAGCUUCUGGUGUUAUUUUGCUUUAUACAUCAGCAGGGCUUUCCUUAUGGUCUUUGGCUGUUUAUAUGGGGAAGAUAUGGAAAGUACUGAUGAAAUAGCAUGCUAGGCCUGUUGCUGCUCAUUGAUGAGUAUAGCGUUGUUAUUUGGUCGUAUGCACUUGCAUUUACACCUGUGGAUUUAUUUUGGUGGAGGAAUGGUGUUUCUGCAUAUAUUGUUACGCACUGGAGGAGACAUUUUCAGACAAGCAGAUUAAUUCUGCAGAUUGAAGUUCAUUUCAGUUGAAUUGGUUUAGCUGAGGAAAACUGAUUCUUUGAAUUGAUUUGAUUUACAAUGUUCAAACAAAAAUUGUCCCCCCAAACCUUCACUAUUACUCGGAACUAGUAGCAGCUGUCAGAUUAAGGACAGAUUUGGAGCUUGCUGAAUCACCCACUCAGAUGAUUGGAGAGGCUAACCGAAAUUCAUUAUAUGCCAUAUUUAUGGUUUUCUUGCCAUUUAGUUUAACUUAUUCUUGGAAUCCAAGUAUUUUUAUCGUUUUUAAAAGGCUUAGCCAUUUAAACACCAAUGUAGUAGAUUUGUGACCAGCCGUAAUGUUACCGGCAGUUUCAUUCAUAUUCAGUAUAAGUUGUAUGAUUUCAUGCUGC